CUGCACGUUGUCGGGUGGAAGCCUCGCCCUUUCCUGCCGCCGCUCUGACGUAGUCGCAUUCCGCCCUCAAAAGCCGAGGCAUCGAAAGACAUUCCCCAGACCUGAUCCCGGCGUUCCACGACAGCAUCAUCUUCUUAGCGGCUCGUGCCGGUCACAAUAGAAACCUCCCAAAACCUCCAAGCCGCGUACCUCCCUCUGGUUUUCCAGACCUUUUUCUUGUUGUUUAAUUUAAUAAAAGAACUCUAAAUUAUUAUUGUUAGUUUAUGCCGGCCUUUUUUACAAAAUAAAAAACCUCUGUAGAUACCUUAAUUUAUUUUUUCCCGUACUGGGCCUUUUAAUUGUUACUAUUUGAGGAAUUUUGUUUCCGUUGAAGACGCAAAUUGAUCCUCCUCGAAGAUCUCGUGGUCCUUCGAAACACAGAAAAGAAUUUUGUUUUAUUUUGGGGAAGGAGGAAGAAAGCUCCGCAACGUCCAGAUUUUUAGGCUUCCUUUAUUGAGACAAGGCAAGUCCCGCAGCCAAGGACAAAAGAUCAAGAGGACCCCAGGCUGCUACCACUAACCCAAAUAAUUAAUUUGCCUGCUUAAUCUGAUUCAUAAGAAGGCAUCCUGGAUCCCGUCAUGACCAAAGCUGAAAUGGGCAAGCUCAAUACUAUUCCUGACGACGACAGCAGCAGCUAUAGCUCCAACAGCAAUGACUUCAACUAUCCCUACCCAACCAAACCAGCUGCUAUGAAGAGUCAUUAUGUAGACAUGGAUCCAGAAAACCAAAACUUUUUACUUGAAUCCAACCCUGGAAAGAAGAAAUAUGAAACUGAAUAUCAUCCAGGUACUACUUCCUUUGGAAUGUCAGUAUUUAAUCUGAGCAAUGCUAUUGUGGGCAGUGGCAUCCUUGGACUAUCUUAUGCUAUGGCAAACACUGGAAUUGCUCUCUUUGUAAUUCUUCUAUUCUUUGUGUCGCUGUUUUCUUUAUACUCUGUUCAUCUCCUCUUGAAGACUGCCAAUGAAGGAGGGUCUCUGUUAUAUGAACAACUGGGAAUGAAGGCAUUCGGCAUGGCUGGAAAGCUUGCAGCAUCUGGAUCAAUUACAAUGCAGAACAUUGGAGCUAUGUCAAGCUACCUCUACAUAGUGAAAUAUGAGUUACCGUUGGUUAUCAAAGCAUUCAUGGACAUAGAAGAGAACACAGGAGAAUGGUAUAUAAAUGGUGAUUAUUUGGUUAUAUUGGUAUCCUUGGUGCUCAUUCUUCCUUUGUCGCUGUUGAAAAAUUUAGGUUAUCUUGGUUACACAAGUGGAUUUUCCUUAUUGUGCAUGGUCUUCUUCCUUAUUGUUGUCAUUUGCAAGAAAUUUCAGAUUCCUUGUGGACUGGAUGAUGAUUUGAUUAAUGCAACUCUGAAUACUACCCUAGAACAUCUGUCAACCUCUUCACCUUUUCAUGUAACAGAAGUUAAUAUAACCAGUGAUGACCUAUGCACACCAAAAUACUUUAUCUUCAAUUCACAGACUGUCUAUGCUGUACCAAUCCUAACAUUUUCCUUUGUCUGCCAUCCUGCUAUUCUUCCUAUUUAUGAAGAACUGAAAGGCCGAAGCCGCAGAAGAAUGAUGAAGGUAUCCAAUGUUUCAUUCUUUGCCAUGUUCCUCAUGUACCUUUUGGCUGCUCUCUUUGGCUACCUGACAUUUUAUGGAAAUGUUGAGCCAGAGUUGCUUCAUACUUACUCUGCAGUCCUGGGAACUGAUGUUCUUCUCCUUAUUGUGCGUCUGGCUGUUCUGAUGGCAGUAACUCUUACUGUACCAGUUGUGAUUUUUCCAAUCCGCAGUUCCAUCACACAGUUAUUGUGUGCCGGGAAAGAAUUUAGUUGGUUGCGCCAUACAGCUAUUACAUUUGCUCUUCUGGUAUUCACCAACAUUCUCGUGAUCUUUGUUCCCACAAUUCGAGAUAUAUUUGGAUUCAUUGGUGCUUCUGCUGCUGCCAUGCUGAUCUUUAUACUGCCAUCUGCUUUCUACAUUAAGCUAGUGAAGAAAGAACCAAUGAAAUCUGUUCAGAAGAUUGGGGCUCUUCUUUUCCUGGUCAGUGGCAUAAUUGUGAUGACUGGAAGUAUGACCUUGAUCAUUCUGGACUGGACCAGUAAUGCUGUUUCUAAUGGUCAUUAACUGUUCUAGACACCAGUGCUCAUUCAACUAUCUACUGAAAGAACUUCUUAUCCACGUUUGCAAUUCUGCUUCCUUUUGAAAUGCAGAUUCUUUGAUGCUGGUUCUUCUGAUUGGAGAAUAGGUGAACUUUUUAAACAAGAAACUAUUCUGCACGAUGGAAAUUGAUACUAACAUCAAACCACCUGAAUUUUAGGCUGAGGGAAGUGACUAUUUAUUCCAUUCCAGAGAAUGGACAGUGCUCUCUGUAAAAUGUUAUCAAGCCAUGUUUGGCUUUUGUCAUUGUUACUUGGAUAUUUUAUUAUUUACUUGAAUGUGCCUAUUGGAAACAAUUGAUGUGAAAAAUAAGUUACUUUACAUCGGGGUAAGCUACCAUUGAAGGUGAAUGAGAUAAAUACUAUUAUUUUUGUACCAAAAAUUUUAUGGACCUCAAAAGCACUAUUUUGACUUUAAGAAAAUGUUUUUUAAAUUGAUGAUCCAAAUAAGGGUAGAAAGAAAUAUGUAGAACUGUUUAAGCAAUGUUCUAAAUUCAACAUGUUUUGCCUAUCUAUAGAGGCAUAUCCUUUAAAAAGUCUAUUUUUGGCCCUCAGAAAUUAUUUUUGAAACCAGUUAUGCUAAAGGUUAACCAAUUUGAAAGAUUCUAAACUAGCUGAAUUCUAUAUAUAACUUAGUUAUUCUAAAACUAAAACCAAACAAAUAUAUUAAGACUCCAUGAUAAUAUAUCUAAUUCAACUAACAUAAACCACAAUGUUUUCUUACAAGUAGCUAUUUAUUCAAAUUGUCAUGUUUUAAAAACAAGAUUCCAUACCAUCAGAUUGGACAAAGUAUCAAACAAUUUGUAUGGAGCAAACAUAGCAUCCGAUCCAGUUAGUGCUACAACCAAACAAGGCCCUUGAAAUUAAUGAGGGAUGCAUAGGAGCAGUAUUUGGCAAAUGACUGAUAAUGCAAUCUGAAGCAUUUUCCUCUUGAGGUACUCAAUAGUGCAAUUAGAUUAAACAAAGGUGAUUUUUAUUGUUCCUCAGUUGCAGGUACCUACCAAAUCAUGUUGGGUCAUUUGCCAUUAAUGGUGAGUUGAGUUGACAUGAUCCAGCAACAGUGUUACAUAUUUUGGCUUUAUUUUUUAAAAACAAGCAAAGUGAGGUCCUACUAUUGUUUACUAGUAAUACAGUAUUCACAGACUGUACAAUAUUUUUUAGUGUCAAGUUUUCAUCCAUUGGAUUUUAAAUUAUUUUACAUUUUUGUUGCUCUGAACAUGUGAUAUUCCUAACUGCAUACAAUACACCAGGCUUUGGUGUAUAUAACAGAAGUUCUCUUCAUAAGGCAACUGGGACUCUAAUGCAACUGAUAUUGUACAGUAGUCUUUCGUUAUUAUUAUUAAGACCUUGGUGGGACUACAUAGUCAUCUCACGUAUUUCUGGUAUAGAUGUAUUUGAGCCUUAAGUAGAAAGCAGAUGGUAAUUCAUUGGUUAUUAAAUGGAUGAUCCUUUCCCAAGUCAGAGUUCACCAUAAGGGAGCCCCACACACACACCCUGCACUUCAUCUGCAGACUCGAGCAUUCAGCAUACUAGGGACAUUACAGGAAAUGGAAGAUGGUUGUGCACCUCCCAUGUCCCUGUCCAGCCCUCCUCCAUUCUGUCAGGGAAUACAAGAAGGAUGUGGGAGGCAUGUACAUACUUGUCAUUCCCUGGCUUGCCUUGCAAGGAUGUCUCUUUCCAACACUUGUGGUGUUGGGUUGGGGUGGACAUGGUGACAAAUCUGUGUAUCAGUGCUGCAUCUGCAUAGGGAAGAAUCAUGUCCUGUUUUAUUACUAUGCAUAUUCAGUGCAUUAAGAUUUCAAUCUCAGGCUGAAGAGGUGUGGUACUUUAGAGCACAUUCAGCACCAUUUCAUAUACACAGAUGCUGCUGGGAAGGAUAUUCUAUAAGAAUCUAGACAGGCAGAGUUUAACAAUAUAGUACUCGGCGGGCCGCUUUCAGCUAUGUUCUUCUGGCAUAGUAGUUUAGAAGUUUAUCUAAUUUCAAAUAGUAGUUAUGUUAGAAGGAUCAAAUGGUGACAUGUAUUAGCUAAACAGCACAGGCAUGUUUUUUAAAAAAAGUUAUCUAGGCCCAUUUUUAAUAUUUGGCAGAUGUCUGUCAUUGUGACUAGGUUUUUAAAAUUUGACAAUGCAAAUGUUUUUGUUUGUAUUUCCACAUGGCAUCUGCCAGCCACUAAGGCUGCGAUCCUGAUUCUACUGAGGUCAGUAUUAAUCAAAACCUGCCUUACUGAAAAGUGACUGUAGUUUUUUCCGUAACAAGUUGUGAGUGGCUUGUUUUUAAUCUAAGCCAUUUUCCUGGGCAGGGAAAUGUGAACCAUACUUGAAUAACAAUCCUGAUAAUCUGUUUUGUUCUCAGAGAAUCCAGGUAACCAACAACAACACCCAUACUUAAAACUUCGUUUUGCUGUGUACUUAAAACACCCAAAAGAGAACAUCUUAGAGUUUUCAAAUGUCAUAGUUUUCUAAGCAAUUGGUUGGUAUAAUUUGAGAUACUAUUUUAUUAGUUUAUAUUUCAGAAUUACCACUUGCUUCAAUGGAUUGGAAUUACAUUAUGCAUCUGUAGAAUAUAUGUAUAAUGUAAUGACACUUCUCUUUCCCUGCAAAUUGGACUAGUCUAGUGGUACUUGGCUGUAUCUUGCAUAAUGCAUGUAGAUGAGUCUUGGUUAAAAUGUUGGCUUUUCCUCUUUAACUAUUAAUGUGGCUUCUUGUAAAAAGACUAGGAUUCCCUCAAGAUAACAGCAUGGUACAUGAAACAAAAGAACUUUUUUUAUCCAUAACUGGAGAGCGUUCAUGGGUUUAUCUCAACAUUUGGAAGAGAGACAAAGGUGACAAAAAUCACGUUAGUACUGAUUGUUGUACUUCAAAGGUUAUUUAGUCAUUGCUGGGCCAGAGAUAUCUGGGCAAUAACACUGAAUCAUGCAGCUUUCUGUCAUUCAGUAACUACAGAGUUCUCCACAUGCUCUUGCUGGGUACCACUAGGCUGUAUUGAUUUCUAGUGUCUGAAUCUGUUGUGAACUUGUCUCUUGAGAGGUUUAAUCUGAGCUAGCAGUUUCAGUAUUAGUUAAACCACUGUUUGUCACCUACCUUCCAUGUUAGUCCACUCAUACAAUGUAACAUGUUAUUUAUAGAACAACCUGUUGAAGUUAAAACCUAUUUUUCAGUAUUUAUGGGUAGCCUUUAUAUGUAAAUUAUGUGUGUAUAUAUUGUAAGUAUAUUGUAUAUAAUUAGGUUUGGGAUUUUGUGUUUAUGUAUAUAGGCUUUCAUUAUGAUUAAUGGCUAAUACAUUAUGUCCAUGAUUCAUUCACAUUGUACAUCCAGGAAAGAGCUUUCGGAAGUUUCCAAAGAAAUAGUUACAGCCUCAAAACUGAAAUUCUGGGCACUCAAGUUGUCUUAAGCACAUGCUAACAUUAAAAGACCAUAGUUGGCAUUGAAAGGUGUUCCCAAGGACAUGUUGAUAGUCCAAUGUUACUUUUUCCUUUGAACUGCACACACCAUGUUGCAAACUGAUAUGAAAUGUCUCUUGGUUUCAAAAGCAGUUUGCUAUAUGGGAUGAAAGGUGGUAGAUGGUGUUUCCAAAAAAAGUCUAAAUCUUUUGGGGUUCAUGGAACUAGUUUCUUGAUUCUUUGGAACCUGGCCUAUGAAGCCUACAAUGAGUUCAAAGAUCCAUGCACGCAAGGGUUUUGCCGUGUGAACACAGUACCCUACCCCCAAUUGUAAGAGGGAAUAGGAAGCCCCUGUGUGUGUGAAGAUAUAACUAGGCCCCUUGCUCAUUACAAUUGUGUACAUUGCAAUAAACAUGAGUAUCUUUUAGGUCCACAAAGACAGGAGGUCAGAGUACAGUUUGCCAUAGAUGUUUUUCAAUACCUGAUUUUAAAGUCAAUAUAUCAAGCCUUCAUGUACAGAUGCGAUACUAUUUGUAUAUAUUGUAUAUGUAUAUAUAUAGAUACAUUGUAUUGUUAGAUCAACAAUUAAAUGACAAUUGUUGAAAAAGAGUGCUACACAGUUUCAAUGAAACAUUGUAUGUUUUAACUACACUAAAAUAAAGAUAUAAUCUUAAGAUUG